AUGAUGAGUCAUCCCUGCCUGUCUCUUUUGGGAGUUCCUGUUUCGAAUCCUCCCUUGGUCUCUCACCUGCUCCAAGGGAAAGUACUACUGGUAUCAGACCCAUUGCUCAGCACGGAUCCAGCCAAGUACUCUGAGAGCACCUCGGUGACCCGACACCAAACCAUGGGGGAAGACACCCAGCCCCAGGAGAUGGCGUCCACAAGCUCCUCAAGGGCGAGUGACCCCAGCCCCGAGGGCAAUCAGCACGGGGACUCUGAGAGGGGGGGAGGGAGCCCACAGGGUCUGCCCAUAGAGCAUCACUUUGCCUGUAAAGAGUGCGGGGACACCUUUCGGCUCAAAGUGCUCCUCGUUCAGCACCAGAGAGUCCACAGCGAGGAGAAGGGCUGGGAAUGUGGCGAUUGCGGGAAGGUCUUCAGGGGGGUGUCGGAGUUCAACGAGCACAGGAAAAGCCACGUGGCCGCGGAGCCCCAGCCCGGCCCGAGUCGAGCCCCGGAAGAUGCCGCGGCAAAGCGGGAGCAGAUGGAGCGGGAGGCCAAGCCCUUCGAGUGCGAGGAGUGCGGGAAGAGGUUUAAGAAGAACGCAGGCCUCAGUCAGCACCUGAGGGUCCACAGCAGGGAGCAGCCCUUCGACUGCGAGGAGUGCGGGCGGUCCUUCAAGGUCAACACCCAACUCUUCCGCCAUCAGAAGCUGCACACCUCGGAGAAGCCGUUCGCCUGCAAGGCGUGCAGCCGGGAUUUCCUGGACCGCCAGGAGCUGCUCAAGCACCAGCGCAUCCACACCGGCCACCUGCCCUUCGACUGCGACGACUGCGGCAAGUCCUUCCGAGGCGUCAACGGGCUGGCGGAGCACCAGCGCAUCCACAGCGGCGCCAAGCCGUUCGGGUGUCCCCACUGCGGCAAGCUCUUCCGGAGGAGCUCGGAGCUCACCAAGCACCGGCGCAUCCACACGGGCGAGAAGCCGUACGCGUGCGGCCAGUGCGGCAAGGCGUUCCGCCAGAGCUCCAGCCUGCUGGAGCACGCGCGCAUCCACAGCGGCGAGCGGCCCUACGCGUGCGGCGAGUGCGGCAAGGCCUUCCGCGGGCCCUCCGACCUCAUCAAGCACCGGCGCAUCCACAGCGGACUGAAGCCUUACGAGUGCGACAAGUGCGGCAAGGCCUUCCGCAGGAGCUCGGGCCUGAGCCGCCACCGGCGCAUCCACAGCGGGGCGCGGCGCUGCGAGUGCAACGAGUGCGGCCGCGUGUUCAAGAGGCGCUCGGCGCUGCAGAAGCACCAGCCCACCCACCGCGAGUAGAGGCGUCCGCGGCCGGCGGGGGUCCCCAGACGGGGACGGCAGAGUCAAAGGAGAUGAACAGUUUUGUAGCGCUUCUAUAUUUUGUCGUCCGAAAGGUUGAGACCAAUUUAUACUGCCACCAGCAAUUUAUAAGUGUACGCGUUUCUCAUCGCCCACCGAGAGUAGCUUUUACCAUUUUAACCUAGUUUGGCUAGUUCAACUGGCAGAGAGUACCAUCGGGGCGUUUCCAUACGCAUGCCUUGAAUCCCAGAAUGAGAGCAGAGAAAUCCGGAUGGGGGGAGGGGGCGUGGAGGCCGUUAUCUCCAAGCUCCUCCUCCCUCCCUCCCGGGAAACACACACACAGAGCCAUUCACAGAUGGCGUCAAUGUAAUGUGAUCCCAGCUUUCCCGAAGAGAAGAUCGCCCCAAAGUUUUUUGGCCUACUUGAAUUUAUAAAUUUUUAGGGAUGUAAAUAGAGCACUCAAAUGUCUUAUAUAUUUAAUUUAUUAAUUUAGUUAUGCAUACAUAUUAUAAAUCACAUAUGAUAUAGAAUAAUAUAUUAAUUUAGAAAAUGC